UGCAUAAUUUAAACUGAAUUGCUCUUCUGAAACUGUGUUGUUUUUAGUUAAGUGACCAGCACAGCACUAAUCAGGGCUAUGCAGACACAGACUCAUACAGAGCUUAGAGGCAGGGGCGGACUGACAACUCAUGGGGCCCCCGGGCAAUAGGGGAUCAUGGGGCCCCUGUGUCCUUGCCCAAACUCAAAAAAGGCCUAUGAAAAAGGUACCAGGGGCAUCUCAUGGGGCCCCCUGCUGACCCCGGGCCCUCGGGCAGUGCCCGAGUUUCCAAAUGGUCAGUCCGCCCCUGCUUAGAGGAUUAA